GGGAGGCGGGCGGGCUAGACUGACACACGAGAGGGCUGGCUUUUUGGACGGCUCUUAGCAACGGCCCUGGUUUGACCCUCCUCAGCCAUGAGAAAAUAGAAUCAGUGUACCAUUCUUCCAGGCGCGAUGCAGCAUCCGCAGCUCUACGUCAAGGGGGCCUUCCUCCCGGCCUGUUAAUUACCUGCUCUUUCCCAUCUCAGGGUUCCUGCCUUUGCAAAGUGUUCCUGGGAGGAGGGAAGAAACGACCGCCCCCCAGCCCCCUUGCUGCCUGGGGGCUUCAGGCUUGAUUAGAUGGCUAACAGGGGCCCGAGCUACGGCUUAAGCCGAGAGGUGCAGGAGAAGAUCGAGCAGAAGUACGACGCGGACCUGGAGAACAAGCUGGUGGACUGGAUCAUCCUGCAGUGCGCCGAGGACAUACAGCACCCGCCCCCUGGCAGGGCCCAUUUUCAGAAAUGGCUAAUGGACGGGACGGUCUUGUGCAAGCUGAUAAACAGUUUAUACCCACCCGGACAAGAGCCCAUUCCCAAGAUCUCAGAGUCAAAGAUGGCUUUUAAGCAGAUGGAGCAAAUCUCCCAGUUCCUAAAAGCUGCGGAGAUCUAUGGAGUCAGGACCACUGACAUUUUUCAGACCGUGGACCUUUGGGAAGGGAAGGACAUGGCGGCCGUGCAGAGGACCCUGAUGGCUCUAGGCAGCGUUGCAGUCACCAAGGAUGAUGGCUGCUACCGGGGAGAGCCAUCCUGGUUUCACAGGAAAGCCCAGCAGAAUCGGAGAGGAUUUUCAGAGGAGCAGCUUCGCCAGGGACAGAACGUAAUAGGCCUGCAGAUGGGCAGCAACAAGGGGGCCUCCCAGGCAGGCAUGACCGGAUAUGGGAUGCCCAGGCAAAUCAUGUAAGACGCUGCAUCCCGCAACCCAGUAGAGAGGAUGAACGUGCCACACCAUGGUCUCUAUGAUAAAGAAAUAGUUAGUCACCUUCUGACCUUCUCUUCUCAAAGCCUCCUGUCCCUGGUUUUUUGCAAGUGCUGCAUUUCUGCCGCGAAUCCACGUUGCCUACGGCUGCCACCUUCUGUUCAUUUAGAACUAUGCAAAGACUCCGCUUCCUUCCUCUUCCUGAGCUCCUUCUUUGCCCUGAAAGCCUUCAUGUACCUGAUUAUUUAUUUAUUUAUUUAUUUGCCAAAAAUUUCCCUCCUCAACUUAUAGAACGCACCUAAUAAACAAAUUAGUCUUGUGUC